AGUUUUCGUUGUCUUUGCCGGGAAAACCGAAAGGGUAGGCUGGUGCGAGCGAGGCUCGGCAAAGGACCAGCGGAACGCUUGGCAUGUUGGCACGGCUUCGUAAACUUGUGGGUUCCAAACGCUUCUUAGGAGGCAUGGUAUGCGGGACGGCACUGGGCGCAGCGUGCUGUUACGCCGUGAUGCGGCCAAGCCCGAAGCAGCAGCCCGUAGAUGAUGAGCGUGUACUGGAGAAGUAUGGGCUGCCACUGACAGGUGCAGAAAUCCGAUAUUACACCAACCAUGUGUUAUCGUAUGACCAGGCCAAGAGGACACCAAAAUGGGUCAUUGAACACCUCAACAAUGAGAAGCUGUUGGGGAGUGCAAAUCGGAAGGACUGCAAAUUCAGACCCGAUCCUAGCAUUCCUGCUCUCUUCACAGCCAGAAAUGAGGACUACGUCAGGAGUGGCUGGUCUCGUGGACACAUGGCCCCAGCAGGUGAUUACAAAUAUUCAAUGCAGUCAAUGACUGAAACAUUCUACCUCUCCAACAUUGUGCCACAGAACUACGAAAAUAAUGCUGGCUUUUGGAACAGACUAGAAAUCUAUUGCCGGGAGUUGACUCAGCGCUUUGAUGAUGUAUGGAUUGUUUCUGGACCUUUGAUGUUACCCACAGAAGGAACUGAUGGAAGCAAGUCCGUUUUGUACAAGGUGAUUGGAAAUGAUGAGGUUGCUGUCCCAAGUCAUCUUUACAAAGUUGUGUUGGCCCAAAGAAACAAUGGCCUCUCCAGUUCACUGGCUUUAGCAGCCUUUGUUGUUCCCAAUGAACCAAUUGGCUUUGACCAUCAGCUUCUAGAAUUUCAGAUGAGCCUGGAAGACUUGGAGAAGAAAUCAGGUCUCACCUUCUUUCCAAAGAUUAAUCAAACACAUGAAACUCAGGAUCUGUGCAAAGUAGACACAUGCAGGUUAAUGGACUAUAAAGAGUUUAAAUUAUAUAUAACAACAAGACAAAUACAUAAUGCAAAGACUUUGGCCAGGCUAGACAAAUUAAUGUCAGAACUGAGGGAACAUGAUAUUGAACCGGAUGAUUAUCUCCUUAAACAAUAUGAAAGUAAAAAGAAGGAAUUAGGUUCUGUAGCCAGUCAGGAACGAAAGUCAGGUUAACCUGAAAAUGAUUCAGUAAUGCGGCAAUGACCUGUAGGUCAAAAGUGUGCACUGGUUCAGAUAUUUUAAUAUUACAUCUUUUUUUUUAAUAAUUAAAACUUUUAUACUUGUGUAAAACAGUAGAAUCUCUGUAUGGCAGUCUUUGGUUCAAGUGAUUAUGUCAUCUGUUAAAUAAAAGCUGCUCAAUGUAAAUCAAGGGACAAACAGUAAAAUGCAAAUUUUCAAAAUUAACAUAUUCAAAGUUUGCCCCAGUGUGGAAGAAUUUUAAAUAAGUUUGUCCCAGAGUUUUUGGUUUUGGGGACUUCCUUAUCAUUUUGUCCUUUGACUUCCGUUUUCUAAUGUCUUUUUUCAUAAUGGUAAUUCCAGUAUCGAAAAUAUUUGAGAUUUAGAUAUUGAUAACUACAAAUAAUGUAGGGGUCAGAGGAGAAUAGGGAAAAUAACCUAAAUUGCAUAGAGAAAGAUGGUCAUAUCCAUAUAUUUAACCUGAAAAAAAAUUUAAAAUACAUGAAAAAACCUUAUAGA